AUGACGGACAUGGGCGAGACGGCGCGCAGCACGAUGGUGCAGAACCGCCCCCACGACGAGGAGUUCGAGCUGUCGGGUUCGCAGGCUAGCAUCUCUCAGGAGGGCUCGGGCGCGCCGGCCAACGACGUUGCCGCUUCCAGCUAUUCCGACGACAUGAGCGUAGGGGACGACGGCGACGUGCCGCCGGCGGGUCGCGGGGACACGCCGCCCUCUCACCAGAUUGACGUGGACGACAAUGACUACGAGGAUAUGCAGAGUGGAGAGGACAGCCCCGUGCAGGCCCACGCUGAGCCCAGCGCCUCUCGCAGCCAGGACGACAACUCGGAUUCGGAUGCGGACGACAACGCAGAUCAAGCAGCUGGGCGGCCGGCGGAGAUGUCGCAGGAGAUGGCAGCGGUUCCGACGGCCGGCGAGUACAACGCAGCCGACUACGCCGACGCAAACAGGAGGGCCCCGCCAGCGGUGCAACAGCUGUUCGGCUACAUCGGCGCGUACCGGCACAAGAACCUGCCACUGCCGCACCGGCUGAAACCGUUCAUCCCGGACUACGUGGCGUCGAUGGGGGACGUCGACGAGUUCAUCAAGGUCCCACGACCAGACGCCAAGCACGACUACCUGGGCCUCGUCCAGCUGGACGAGCCAGCCGCGACGCAGUCCAACCCUUCGGUGCUUUUCCGCGAGCUGAAGCAGAUGUCGAAGAUCGCAGUGGACUCCGAGGGGAUGUUCGAGGUCUCAGCGGUGCGCGGGGAGGACCGCGACGCACUGCGGCAGAAGGUGGAGGAGCACAUCGAGGCGACAGACAAGGUGCACAAGAAGAAACAUCAGAACGACUUCACGCCGCGGCACGUGUACGCGGACAUGGACGUCCUGAUGCAGCCCUGGGCGCCCGAGAUCGAGGAAGUCGUGUCCAGGAUCAAGCUUCCCGACGGCAACCUGCCGAUGUCCACGCGGGCCAUGGCCAAGAUGAUGUGCGCGAUCCUGGACAUCCCCGUCCACGACGACCCCAUCGAGCCACUUCACGUCAUGAUGUCGCUUCUGCUGGAGCUCCGGAGCUUCCAUCAGAAACAGGCCGAGGGCGUGCCCGUGCCUGGCUUCGCAGGGCGCGGCGUCGCUGACAGCUUGCAGAUGUGA